UUUGUAUAAUGGGCCAAAAAGCCCAUGGACAUCCCCCUCUCGCUCAAAACAAAGCAUAUUCAGUUGUUAUCGGAUCUCCGGUCUUCUCCCAACAGCAGGGCCUUCUUAGUUCUUGUCAUGAAAGUAGGGAGAACAGUUACGCGUCACUUGCGCACCUCCACGGCGUCCCUGAAAGCAGAGCAAGUGACCAAGGCUCGAACCCGCCUCGACUCGAUCGAAGAGCUACACGCGCACCUUAUCCGAACCCAGUUCCACACCGAUCCAUCGUCAAUAUCACCUGUUAUUAAGGCCUACGCUUUAUCUUCUUAUAGUCUCCACAAAGCUCAACACGCUUUCCACCAGAUUGAGCAACCCAAUGUGUUAGUUUUUAACCAUAUGAUCCGUGGGUUUUCACAAAGUGACCAACCCAAUGAAGCAAUACGCAUGUAUGAUCAAAUGUAUCGCCAAGGGUUGGCAGUCCCUGAUAAUUUGAGUAUUAUUUUUGCGUUGAAGGCUUGUGGUCGUGCUAAGGAUGUUCUUUGUUGUAAAAAGAUUCAUGGUCAUGCUUCGAAACUUGGGUUUGCGCGGUAUCUUUAUGUUUCAAAUACCCUGAUUCAUGCGUAUUCGUUCUGUGAUGAGUUGAGUCUUGCACGAAACGUGUUUGAUGGAAUGACUGACAAGGACUUGGUUUCUUGGAACUCUUUGAUAUGUGGAUAUAGUUGUUUUAAUAGAUACAGAGAGGUUUUGGGUUUGUUUGAUGCCAUGCAGGAAGCAGGUGUGAAGGCGGAUUCAGUGACCAUGGUGAAAGUUAUUCUAUCAUGUAGUUUCUUGGAUGAGUGGGAAAUUGGGGAUUCUAUGGCUAAGUAUAUAGAGGAUAAUCAUGUAGACAUCGAUGUUUAUUUGGGAAACUCUUUGAUAGAUAUGUAUGGAAGGAGAGGCUUGUUGGAUUUGGCACAAAAUGUGUUUGAUAGGAUGCGUAAAAAGAAUUUAGUCUCUUGGAAUACUAUGAUCAUCAGUUAUGCAAAAGCAAAGAAUUUAGUUAUGGCACGGAAACAUUUCCAUGAGAUGCCCCAAAGGGAUGUGAUUUCUUGGACUUCCAUGAUAACUGGUUAUUCUCGAGCUAACCGGUUUGAAGAUGCGGUGAAGCUUUUUCGAGAAAUGAUGGUGGCUAAGGUCAAACCGGAUGAAAUUACAGUGGCUAGUGUGCUUUCUGCUUGUGCACAUUUGGGUACAGUUAAUGUGGGAGCGGCAAUUCAUGACUAUGUUCGUCAUCAUGGUGUGAAAGCUGAUAUUUACGUAGGGAAUGCUUUAAUAGAUAUGUAUUGCAAAUGUGGGGUAGUAGAGAGGGCACUUGAAGUGUUUUAUGAGAUGAAAGAGAAGGAUUCUGUUUCAUGGACUUCGCUUAUCACAGGUCUUGCUGUCAAUGGUUCUGCCAAUUCUGCAAUUGAUCUAUUCUCACAUAUGCUGAGUAAAGGUUUUCAUCCAAUCCAUGGAACAUUUGUAGGGAUUUUGCUAGCUUGCACUCAUGCUGGAUUGGUGGACGAAGGAUUGGAAUAUUUUGAAAGUAUGACAAAAGUUUAUGGCCUGACCCCAGAAAUGAAACAUUAUGGUUGUGUUGUGGAUCUCUUGAGCCGUGCUGGUAAUCUGGAUAAGGCCUAUGAGUUUAUAAAUGCAAUGCCAAUAACUCCAAAUGUAGUAGUAUGGAGGAUAUUGUUGAGUGCUUGCAAGCUGCAUGGAAAUGUUGACCUUGCUGAGAUUGCCACAAACAAGCUUCUUAAAUUGGAUCCUUCUAAUAAUGGGAAUUAUGUUCUUUUGUCAAAUAUUUAUUCAAGUUCUGAUAGAUGGGGUGAUGCUAAACAGAUAAGAGAACUGAUACAGGUUAGUGAUGUGCCUAACCCAGCUGGUUGGAGUUCCAUUGAAUUGAUGAUAACAGAUGAUUCUCGGGAUACUUGUGUUGUCCAAUCUGAGAAAAGGAUGCAGGGUACUCUAAUUUGAAUUGUGUGAUGUAUUAUGUCAUUUGGUCUGGCGCAAGGAAAAUUAUGGGAAAAAUGGAUGAUUUUGAUACAGGCAAGAAAACCUUAUAGUGGCCAUUGUCGCUUUGAUUUUGAAAGUCAGGUUCGAGUUUCAAUUCCUUCUUGGCUGGGAACAAUAGCGGUUUUUUCCCCUAUGGAUCUUCAGAGAACCUUGCUGCAAAGAGACUCAGCGACACUGGACUAAUAGUAGGUUGUUUCUAGCUUGGGAUUCCCAUUGGGAGUUGACUACAUGCAAAUGGCAAAUCUUAAGGUUGUUGCAGCCUGAGCCCAGCUACCAUGGUUUUUUUUUUAUGGCAACUCACACAGUGAAUAAAUCAGGGGGAUCUUAUCGUGGCAAUUUUGAGAAGCAGUACAGAGAGGGUCCUGGCAAGGCACAGCACAGGUAAAAAACUUAUGGAAGGAGUGCACUUCCAGCGGUCCUGGAUGAAAGGGUGAGGAAGUUCAAGGCAAUCGUUUAUUUGAAGGUCUUAUAUUAUCAAGUCUGGUCCAUAAUCGGACGAAUAAAAGGUGAAGGCAACUUAGCAGUAAACACAGCAAUAGCUGCAGAGAUGAUCUUAUCAUGAAUCUGACAGAACACUGUAAAAUUUUGAUGGAAAGUUGCUGCAAAUAUAGUUUCUUCAGAUAAACCAAUUAGACGGAAGUUGUUAUGAUAAUUUUGGAGGACUGGAAUCUUCUAUCCUUUUCAGCAAGAUCAGCUUUCAAGAGAAAUAGAGAACUUGGAUUCAGAAAAAGAAAAAUUAGCAGGCACGAAGGAGUCCUUCAUGGUUCCAACUACUGUCCAUGUGUUCUGCAGCCAAAGGUCUUUCCUUAUUGAGUGGUGAAUAGAAUGCAGUUUCUGGUGAUUACCAUGUCUCUCAAUACAGUUUCUGUUGCAGAGAGAUGUGGCCUCAUUUUGUUGUUCAUGCUUUAUUCCAGGAUUAGAAGAAAAAAAUUUGUUGCUCGGGAAUCUCUAGGAAGGAAAGGUUGUAAUGACAGCAGGAGGUAUUAUUUGUAAUUAUAUUCUUCUAUGUAAGAAGCCUUAACAUGAAUAAAAUACAUCUUCUUCAUUA